UGGAGUUUUGUUGUCGGAGUGGAGAGCAUCGUAUCGUAUGCGUUGACCAGGAUUUGGAUAGCAACCGAACUAGUAGGAAAGAGUUGCCGUCUAGUUUCUGGAUGGAAUCUAGCUAGUUAGCCUCCUAGCUAGCUAGUUGGUUUAUCAGUGGGCGUGCAUGGCUGGUGCCGAAUGCACACAACAUCAAAGCAAUGUUCGUUGCUUCCACGCCCACCCGCUAUACUCAGGAAAUAAGAAGGUUGGCUACAGUUCGUCCUCAGGCAAGAACGCUGGUCAAAACAGCAGUUACUUUUAGUUGCUUUUGAGCCCCAACAAGUGAUUGGCUGACUCUUCGGUGGAGGAAAAUUUUGUUGCUUGUAAGGGAGUGGCGUAUUGAGCGUGGAAGUGUAGCGUGGAAACAGGAAGAUACAAGAUACGGGUUGUUCAGUGCUGAGUCACUCAGCCUUCAUCGGCGUCAUUAUUUGUGUUUGGCACUUUCAAGCAACGCAACACACCAUGGUGAGUGCCUUCCAUCGCAGCGAUUUAUAUUUCACCCUCGGCCUCCUGAGCUAGAUACCUAACUGGUGACACGAUGCAACCCCUUCUGCCGAAACUCCGUGCUGGCGGCUCUGCCAAAUUGUUUGUCUUUGGAGCCACUAUCGGACCCGUCGUCGACAGUUUUCACAAUCAAUGCCUGCUUCGCUAUGAUUGGGCUCCCAUCACGGUGCCUUGGCCCGCAGGACCACUCGGCAGCAGCUUGGCCAGACUAUUGGAACAAGAGUAUCUCUUGUGUUCCAGUUGGUCCGUUCCUUUGCUCUUGGGGUUUGCCUAUGUCGUCCUGGGCGAUCUCUUGCCUCGAUUAUUUCAGUGGAUGCUACUACAAAUACCCAAUCAGCCGUCGCAACAGCCACAACAACAACAACCAACCACACGGCAGUCUGGGAAUCUCCGAACCAAAGCCAUCUUGGCCGUCGUGACAACGGCUCUCAUUAUCAAGCUGUCUCAGUUUUUGGAGCUACACGACCCCUUUUUGUCUGCCGAUACCAACUAUGCCGUGCUGUUGACGGCCACUCUGAUCCAAUGGUGGGCACUGGAUGGCUCUUUGGCCGCCUUGCUGGCCGCUGGAAUUACGUCCAUUGGUGGACCCUUGUCCGAACUCCCCUUUGUCGCCAAUGGAUUGUGGCAUUACAUUCCCGAAGCGGGCGACUACCUGCCGUUGACCAAUCUACCGGAGAAUCUGGGCAAUUUCCUAAAGCCAUGGUUGGGCGACAGCUAUAGCAAGUUGGCCCUUUCGAGCAUUACGGGGCCUUGUUAUUUUGCCGUGACCCUGGAUGCCAUUGCAUUGGGCCGAUGGUUUCAAUCAUCAUCACGACGAGACGACGACAACCAGGAAAAGCGAGAAAUUCAAUAG